AUGGUGUUUUGUGAUCACUGUUUGACAAACGUCGCUGAGGAGAUAAUCGAUGAUGGUUACUUAUGUUGUGGAGAUUGUGGGAAAGUGUUGGAAGAUCACCAUUUUUCUCAGAAAACAGUGUUUUGUGAUCACUGUUGUAAAAAUGUUUAUGGUAUUCGACUUGAUGAUGAUCCCUUAUGCUGUGGAGAUUGUGGGAAGUUGUUGGAAGAUAGUUUUUUAGUUCGGGAGUCACGCGGUGAGAGAAGAGUUGCUAAGAAGGUUGAUGACUACAUUCCCAGUGAGGGCAGAUUCUUUUACCGGAACAUUAAAUCUUGGGAAUAUAAUAAUGAAGAGUAUCUUCAGGAACUAGCUGCCAAGGAAAAAAUUGCUAAGAAAGCUUUUCAGGCGUUUUUCCGAAACUGUUCUAAUGAUUCGCUCGCAGCAAGAGACAAACUUGCUCAAUCUGCCAUAAAAUCCCUGGCAAAAUCCAAAAAGAAACAGGCACAAAUUCAAGAGAAUCUCAAGAAAGUAGCCUCUGAAAAUGAUAAUAUUUCAGAGUCUACGUCAAAGGAAAAAACAAAAGAGGAUGAAUUGGGAUCAUUUGACGAAUUUAAACAUACUUUGUAUCAAGAAAAUGCAGGAAGGAAAAAACGACAAAGACGGUUUGUACCGAGAAUAUGCAAAUGA